AUGUCUGUGCACGCUGCUACAAACCCAAUCAAUAAGCAUGUGGUUCUGAUUGACAACUACGAUUCCUUCACCUGGAACAUUUAUGAGUACUUGUGCCAAGAGGGCGCCAAAGUCGACGUCUACCGUAACGAUGCCAUCACAGUGGAUGAAAUUGCAGCUUUGAGCCCCGAUACGCUGCUCAUCUCGCCUGGGCCAGGCCAUCCAAAGACAGAUUCAGGUAUUUCAAGAGACUGUAUAAAGUACUUUGCUGGGAAGAUUCCCGUCUUCGGGAUCUGCAUGGGCCAACAGUGCAUGUUUGACGUAUUUGGCGGUGAAGUCGCAUACGCCGGUGAAAUUGUCCACGGUAAGACUUCUCCCAUCAGUCACGACAACAAAGGGAUUUUCAAAAAUGUGCCCCAAGGUAUUGCUGUGACUAGAUACCAUUCUUUGGCCGGUACCGAACAAUCUCUUCCAUCGUGCCUAAAAGUUACUGCCAGCACGGAAAACGGUAUUAUCAUGGGUGUAAGGCAMAAGAAGUACACCGUGGAAGGUGUGCAAUUUCAUCCGGAAUCCAUCUUGACCGAGGAAGGCCAUUUGAUGAUUAGAAAUAUCUUGAGCAUCAACGGUGGAAAUUGGGAGGAAAACGGGUUGUCUCCUUCAAACUCUAUUUUGGAUCGUAUAUACGCACAGCGUAAGAUUGACGUUAACGAGCAAUCCAAGGUUCCCGGUUUCACCAUGCAAGACCUGCAAUCGAACUAUAAUUUAGGCCUUGCUCCCCCAGUACAGAAUUUCUACGCGAAAUUGUCAUCGUCCCACAACAGAGCCGUGGUUCUUGCUGAAGUGAAACGUGCUUCUCCAUCAAAGGGUCCUAUUUGCCUAAAGGCUGUCGCCGCUGAACAGGCUUUGAAAUAUGCGGACGCUGGGGCUUCCGCCAUCUCCGCACUGACUGAACCUCACUGGUUCCACGGGUCGCUACAGGAUUUGGCCAAUGUCAGAAGAAUCCUAGAUUUGAAGUUCUCCCCCGAGGAGAGGCCUUGUGUCCUAAGAAAAGAAUUUAUCUUUAGCAAGUACCAAAUCCUAGAAGCAAGAUUAGGCGGGGCGGACACCGUUCUUCUCAUAGUUAAGAUGCUAUCUCAACCCUUGUUAAAGGAGCUAUACGACUACAGUAAAGAUUUGGACAUGGAACCUCUUGUUGAAGUAAACUCCAAAGACGAACUAAAGAGGGCUUUAGAAAUCAACGCUAAGGUCAUAGGUGUCAAUAAUAGAGACCUUCACUCAUUUAAUGUAGAUCUAAACACCACCAGUAAUCUUGUGGAAUCUACUCCAAAGGACACUCUUUUGAUCGCACUUUCUGGAAUAACCACAAGGGAAGAUGCAGAAAAGUAUAAAAAGGAAGGUGUUCAUGGAUUUUUGGUAGGCGAGGCUUUAAUGAGAUCUAAUGACGUAAAUAAGUUCAUUCAUGAAUUAUGCGAGUGA